AGUAAGUGGCGGUAUAGGGGAUGCUAUUUCUAAACUGGCCAAGUGCCCCUGAGAUAAUGCAGAACAAACAUUGUUCAGGUUGUCAACAGAUCCGUGGACACGCUUUAAUUUCCUUUCAUUACCGCCUGAUAAUAUAUUGCUAAUUUGUGGUAUGCUUUAUUUGUGUUGACCACCGUGUGACAACGCCUGAAAUAUUUUUACGGAUUUUUUCUCCAAGGAAGCGACCAAUGGAAGGCUUCAAGAUAUUAACCCAUGAGCUUAAGGAACAGGUCGCAUCAGUUAUGGCGGCUUUGACGAAAACAGCAGUCACGGAGAUCUGUAAAGUUAUAGACAGUGAGUUCACUGACGUGAGGCGAGAGGUGUGUCUUAGGCAAAGUGAAUUAGAAGCCCUGCGAACGAAAGUGCUCAGUCUGACAAGCGAAGGGAGAACCACAACAGCAUCCGUGGGAUGGAACAACGUCUGUGAUGCACCUCCUCGCCGCUCAGUCGCUGUUCCGGUCUCGUCUGAACAAGGGGUAGCGGAAUGCAGCACAUUAAUGGACACCCAACCAAAAGGUGGGGCUGUUGUCGAGCUGAUUGUGAAAGUUGAAGUUGAGGAGGAGCAUGGAACGCAGGAGACUAAUCAGAGUCCAGGAGAGGACCCAGCCAUUGGUUGUUCAGCGUCAGGGGGCAGUUUUCCUAAGUGGGGAGCUGGGUCUUCACAUCAAGGUGCCGCUGGCCGUAGAUACGGAGAGUGCUGUUUAGAAGCCUCAAACUUUUCUCCCAGCCAAUCGGAUACCUCCACGGAACUACGUCCCAGACCUCACAGGGCCGAUCAGCUUCAUGCACAUGCAGCCCCGCUGCGCAGACACAGUAGUGCUUUGCUUCCUGCAGCCUUAGGCCUUGUCAAGAAAGAGGAGGAAGGGGAGGGUGUGGACACCCCUGAGGUGGAGAGAGCUGAUACAGCAGGACAGACACACGGACACACACCCCUGCAGAGCCAUAUGUCAGAGCUUGAUGCACACACACACACUCCCACACUCGUCCAGAAACAUGAGGUGCAGCAAGGAUUGGAGCAUGGUCAGGGAGGAGGGAAAAUAGGUGAGGAGGAGAGGGGACUGUUUCGGGGCCCCACCCAUGGAAAGGGUUUCCCCCGUUACCAGCAGCUGCAGGCUCAUGGUGAAGAACGUGCUGGAAAGAGAGGCACCAGAUGUGGCACGACACCUGCUAAUGCAGCCAUUCAUAGGAAAUGUCCUGCUAAAGAAUACCUCAACUGCUCGGGAGAAAAGCACUGGCAUUCUGAGAUGGAGGAAAAGCCUACCAUAGAGAGUUACCAUGUCCAAGACUCUCUCCAAGUUUUUACACUGUCCUCAGAGCAAGAAGACCUAAACACAUAUCUCACACACACUUGGGACUCUCCUUCUUCUCUUACACACACACAUCUAACACAUUCUCAGGACUCUACCUCUGCAUUCACACAUUCACAGGAACCUGAGGGGUUAGGUUAUUUACAGCAGGAGGAGGAGAAGGUGGAUCAGAACCUCCAUACAAUCCCUCUCUUCUGCUGCUCGUCCUGUCCCAAGAGCUUCUCUCAGGAGACAGCAUUGAAGCGGCACCAGCGCUCCCACUCAGACGACCGUCAGUUCGGCUGCGAGGUUUGCGGCAAGAGCUUUAAGCUGCGCUGCAACCUACAGCAACACAAACUCCUGCACAGCGGCAGCAAGCCUUUCGCCUGCCAUCACUGUGGAAAACGCUUCACCCAGGCUUCUGCCAUGAAGUCCCACCAGCGCAUCCACACAGGAGAGAGGCCCUACCUGUGCACCAUUUGUGGGCAGACUUUCAACCAGCACAGUCACCUCACAAGGCACCAGAAAAGGCUGCACCAGGUGCUGCACAACAGGAAAACAGCCCAUGAGCUUCUGCAGAGCGACAACAGGCCCUUCGCCUGCAUUUUCUGUGGAAAAUGCUUCACCCAGGCGUCCGCCAUGAAGGCACACCAGCGCAUCCAUACGGGAGAGAGGCCCUUCCUGUGCCCUGUGUGUGGGCAAACCUUCAACCACCGCAGCAACCUCACCAGGCACCAGAAAAAGAUGCACAAUUGGAACAAAUCCCAUUAUAUUAAACAGUUAUUGGAUAUUGUUGUAAGCGGUCAAACAGUGCAGCAGAAGCCUUUUCAAUUUGUCAAAAUGCCGAACCGUGAGACCCUUGAAAUUCAGAUCGCGUCUGUGAUGGAGAUUUUGGCAAAAACUGCAGUAGCAGAGAUAUGUAAAGUUGUAGACAGUGGUUGCGUGGAGUUUAGGUUAGAAAUGUGUCGCAGACAAAAGGAAAUUGAAGCUCUGCGUAAGAAAGUCCACUGUCUGACAAGGGAACGAACAUCUACUCGAGUAGCUCGGCUGGAUUCGGUUGCUCCUCGGCAGCGCACAGUUGGUGUUCAGGUCGACACGGAACAAGGUGUUGCAGAAAGCCAGGGGAUGACAAAGCUACUAAGUCAGGAUGAACCCAAAGGCCGAGCUGCUCCUGGACUGGUCGUGAAAGUCGAGCGAGGGCAAAAGAAUAAUACUCAGGGCACCCAUCAGAGCCCUGGGGAGGAAUUUGCGGUGGAUUUCUCCGUGUCUGAGGUGGACUUUCCUCUGUGGGCACCAGAGAUGUUGGAUUCAGGUGGCCCAGACUGUGACCUCAGUGAGGCCCCGCCCCAUUCACCCGGCCACACAGAUGCCUCCACUGAGCCACACCCAGGCAUCCGAGUGGAAGCUGAUCCUCAGUUCGGUCCGUCUCCACUAGAGAAACACAGCUGUGGUGUCCUUCCUGCGCUGCGGUUAGCGCCUAUCAAAAUGGAGCACAGACACCAGUGUGUGUCCACCUCUGGAUCAGGGUCAACUGAAACAACAAGCCAAGAUGGGCACACAGCCUGGCAUGCCCACCCAACAGAGGCGAAUGUUGGGAAACCGACACUCGCUCAGGUACACAGCAGCCAAAAGGGGGAGCAAGAGCAAGAGCAAGAGCAGGGAGGAGAGGGUGUGGGCCCUGGCUGGGGGUUAGGGGGAGCCCUGGAGGAGAGACUGUACCUGUGCUCCAGGUGUGGGCAGGGCUUCCCCCGCUACCAGCAGCUGGAGGCGCACAGUGAGGGACACACUGGCGAGGGGGGCACCAAAUGUGGCACGACACCUGUUAACGGAGCCACACAAAGAGGCAGUGCUGACAAACAUCCCAAGUGCUUAGAAGAUGAAGAUUGGAAUUCUGAGGUUGAGAGAAAACUUCAGCUAGAGCUUCAGCGUUUACAGGAUUCCUUUUCCACACAGGACACGGAACACGAGGACUCUCACACACAUCUGACACACCCUCAGGACUCUCCCUCUCUGCUCACACACACACACGAGCCUGUAGAGUUUAGUGAACUGCAGCUGCAGCUGAAGGCCGAGCAGGAGGAGGAGCAGGUGGAUCAGAACCUCCACCAGGGGGGGUGUGAGUACAGAACAAGAGACCAGGGGCAGAUGGAGUCAGAGUUUGGACUGGGCAUCCAGAGAGAAGCUUCUGGAAGCAGACCACUACACCGAGGCCUGAAACACCCAGCCUGGUACUGUGCAGACUCCCUAAAAGAAGGCGCUGCGUUCCCCUCUCCUUGGAGUGAGGGGUCGGGGUCAGGUGAUGACCCUCUCCACCAGAGGAUGCUCACAGAUCGGCCCGGUGUGAGUGGGAGGAGCCUCGUCCCAACAAUUCCACAAGGCCUUUUGCCAAUUCCAACUCGGAUGAGAGAAUCUGCCUUUUCUUCAGGCUCCUGUCUUGUCAGUACUGUGCCAUCUUCCUCCUUCUCCUCUUCUUACUCAUCUUCCUCCUCCUCACUAGUCCACCGCCGGCUCCUUGCCACAGCAACAGGAUCCACGACAACCGCAAUGCCUUCCCUGCACCACCAGCGCAUGUUCCGCUGUCCGUCCUGUCCGAAGACCUUCGGGCGUUCGACGGACCUGGAGCGGCACCAGCGCAUCCACACAGGCGAGCGCCCGUUUGGCUGUAGCGUGUGCGGCAAGCGCUUCAGCCUGCGCUGCAACCUGGUGACCCACGAGCGCGUGCACAGCGGCAGCAAACCCUUCGCCUGCCGCCACUGCGGCAAACGCUUCGCCCAGGCCUCCAACAUGAAGGCGCACCAGCGCAUCCACACGGGAGAGAGACCCUUCCGCUGCUCGCUCUGCAGCCGCAGCUUCACUCAGCUCAGUAGCCUGAAGACCCACCAGCGGCUGCACAGCAGGGCCGCCCACUACUGAAGACACGACAGGGAAAAAUAAAAACGUCCUAAUUAUUUCAUACCGGUAUUGCUGUUGUCUUGAGUAAUGCUCUUUGAGUCAGGUUCCUCUGAUUGUACACUCCUUGAAAAAGAUUAUUUGCUGGUUCAGUAUAAAGCUAAGGAAUAUCAAGAAGCCUUUCCAUAUGAAGAAACAUUGUUGCUGAAAAGGGUUUUAGCAGAAAGAUUACGCCCGAGUCGUCAUGAAGCUUUUUGUCAUGAGUUUAUUUAUACGAAUAACGUUUGUGGGUGUGGGGAGACAACACAAAGAUGACACCCUUCCAAUGUGAGGAGGUGCGUUCAGGCUACCCAUACUGUCUCUGCUAAAGAGUAUGGUGCCUCCGUGACCAUAAAGGUACAGUAUGUUGGAUUUAGGGUGAUAUAUCGGCAGAAACAGAAUAUAGUAUUCAUGAGUUAUGUUUUCAUUAGUGUACAAUCACCCUGUAACUAUGAAUUGUUGUGUAUUCUUUAGCUUCGUAUCUACUUAGGCUGUGGGUCCUUGUCCACAGAGUGUGCCAUGUUGCGCCGCCAUUUUUCCACAGUACACUACAGUAGAACGUACAAACCAAAACAUUGGCACUAGAGACGGCAAUCGUAGCUUCUCAUUCACACUUGGAAAGUGAGUAGUAUUCAGUUGGUUGCAAUCUGCAGGCUCAGCGCUGGAUGCCACUAAAUCCUACAUACUGUACCUUUAAUUGACGCUGAUUACCACUAAGAUGAGAUAUAAUGGUACAGCAUGAAGGAAUACCACACAUGCAAUACAGCACAGGACAAAAACAAAAGACACCAUUGGAUUUCUGGAGCCGCUGCAGAAAAGGACUUUGUAUUAUCCAACUUAUAACACAUAUUAAGUCCAUUGAACCAUAUGUCAAAUAAAAUGUUUAUUCAAUUUUUCAGUGA